AUGUCGUAUGCGCUAUCAUCGCACCUUUGUGAUACAAAUCUUCUGGUUGAAAAGCUCUCACAUAUUCCCUCCUACACACAGCGAGUCAACCUCCGGGAGCUCGAGCUGCCAGCCGCUUGCAACUUUUCCAACAGAGCGACUAGUAGACAUCCCCUCUUCAGGUUUGCACCAAAGCCUUUGCAGGAUCGAGAAGAUUCAAACCAUCCACUUUACAUCCAACGGUUCCAACCAGACCACACAAUUCAACUUCGAAAACCGCUUCGAACCCCACGUUCACCCUUUGAAGUCUUCAGCCGGCACCAUGGCCGGCAAGAAGCGCACCCGCUCCGAACAAGGCACAGCCCAGGGCCCCAGGGCGACAAGCGUACCAAAACCAAGGGGUCGCCUACCAUCAAGGAGGACGAUGCGGCUUUCGCGCCUCAGCCUGAUGUUUUUGAGAUAUCCGAAGCCGUUGUUUCAGUUGAGGCAUCUGUCGAAGCAGAAAAAGCCAUCGUACCCUUCGCUAGCACGACCGAACCUAACACAAAGGAGAAACACGAGGAUGACGUCGACUGGCCCGAUGAUGAGUGCGAGACCGUAGACGACGGUGAAGCUGCAAAGAAAACUUUUCCUGAGAGUGAAGCUGCGUCUGAGUACGAUAUCGAGUUCAUCACUGGCGACGAAGCUGAUAUCACACUGGUUGGUAGUGAGGACGACAUCGAACAGGUCGAGAUCGAAAAGCCCGUCCGCGAAGAACCACUACUUUGUAAUAAGCUCAGUGCAGAAAUUGCAAAGCCUGUUUUGAAGUUCACUAAGAAUGCCGUGGACCGGGAGAAAAAAGUCGCUGAAAAGGACGACUCUGACACCAAAGUCAAGGUGGCAACAGGCGCAUUUAAGGAGAAGAAGAAGUCUGAAGAAGAUCAGGCGAUCAAGAGGCAAGAAAGCAACGAUGCGUACUCUGCUGAGGGGAGGAACAUAAUCUUCAAAGGGAUUGAAACCAGUCUUCAGUUCGCCGACCUUGCGAUGUGGGUUGGUCUAGCUGCGGUUGGAACGACAGAAACUCGGCAUAUAACGGUCGACGGGGUUACUAUCCAAGUCACAGUUAAAUUGCUAGAAGCAAAUGUUAACAAGGAGAUCGAUUUUGCUGAUGGUGCUGGAGACACCGUUCUUCCGACUACUAAAACAUGCCCACAGUUUGCUGUCAAUACUGCUUUUGCUUCCAAGUCAGGCGAAACUUCCUCUACGCGGAUUUCCCACUCUACUACACCCUCCAUUGUCAUCAACAAAGGCAAGCUCAUCACAUGCAGAUUCGGUGUUGGUUGCAAGAAGCAAGCAACUUGCAUGUUUGACCACAGCCGGCCUCCUCCAAAGAAGAUGUGCUCUUUUGUGAACAUCAACAUGGGUUGCAGUAAGGGCUCGAGAUGCAUAUAUACCCACGAACAUGAAGGUCAGAUGUGUCCUUUUGGGACGGUGCGCAAAGAGUGCCCCAACACAUUCAAGUGUUCUUUUUUGCAUAUUGAUGACGAUCCGCCUAUCAAAAAAGAGGAAUUGUCGGAGUUCCAGGUUCCUUAUGCGCCGGUAGUUUGCGAGGCUUCUGCGGCAGAUAUCGCGGAGCGAGCUGCGAUCAAUCGCGCAUCUCGGGAAGCAUCAGCGGCUGGUGCUCCACCACAAAACGCUCCUACAGCAUUCAAGCUCAGCAUUUUUCGCCGCAAUUAUCAACCGCCUACGUACCUUAACCAGCAGCAACUUCAGCCGCAACAAUGGCAGGCGACGCCUGGCUUCGCUCCUCCACCGGUUCAGUUUAUUCCUUCUCUGAGCGGGUAUAACUCUUCGCAGGGCCGGUACGUUCCUGCCCAAGCCACAUACCAUCCUCAACAGGGCUUUCUCAGAUCAGAUGACGCUGGCAACCAGCAGCAUGACAGAGGUCAUGAUCGUCGUCGCGGACGUGGUGACAGUCGAACGCACGGUGAAAUUGGUCGCGGGAAGGUUCGCCAGAACGACCGUCAACAGAGUGGCAGUGGUGGCGUAGGUCAGCGCUGGGACAUCAAGGUCAGAGGAGCCGCUGAAAUUGCGUCUCCAGGUGUAGAUGAUAGCAGGAUCAACGUCCAGGGGUCUAGUAAGAAAGCGUAA